UUCCAGAGGAUAUAUAUUCUGGAAGGAAGAUUUACAAGUUAUUCUGAAUUGAGAAAGCAGGUUGGAUGACUGGUAAAACGUCUUCAAGCAAAAAUACAGCAAAUGCUUGUCCAAGAAUUUCCAGGAGAGCUGGAUCAGAUACAAAGAAAAAACGAGGAAAUACUAAGCGCUUCUUCUCCAAGUACCCAGUACAGACUCUCAUUAACUGAAUCAACCCAUGUCAUGACUUGACACAUCCUUCAUACUUACACAGAUGGAACCUGACUACUGUGUGCAUCAGCCCCCAGAACAGAUUCACUGCCUAAGGAAGUAACUUAAAGCUUAAACAUUAACACUAAAUGGUAUGUGGAACCUAAUAUGGGAGAACAAUUUUGUAUAUAAAGAUUUUGUUAAUUUAUUGUAUAUGUUAUGUUUUUAUUUUGGCAGUUGAUUUUGCUUUUAUGUUUUAUUAAUCUACUGAUGUUAUGACAUUAAAAGCAAAUAUUUAAGGUUGCCUAUCUGGGUAAAAUUUGUUAUUUCUCAAGCCUGCAUGACCUUAAAUACAUUUCCCCAUAUGUAAUAAAAGGCACUAAGCUUGUGCAGGAGUAGUAACCCAUAGCAGCCAAUAAGAUGUUUGCUUUUUAACAUGUGACCAGUAAAUUCUACCUUCUGACUGCAUCUGGACAACUGUAGUGCAUUUUAUUACAUACCCCCAUUAAUCCUUAGGCACUACAAUGACAAAGAGAAAUUCAGAAUAGGGCGGUGAAUAUUAGUAGUGCUGUAGAAUGAAUAUAUUUAUGCAUUAUUACUUUACUUUUUUUUAACCUUUAAUUCCAAAAAUGUUGUGGUUUCUUUACGAGUGAUCAACAAAUUGGUUCAUUUAUGGCCAUAGUAGUUGCUAAAUUUCAACAGUUCAGUUAAUUAUAGCAACCAAUAAGACAUUUGUUUUCAUUUUUUAACCUGUUGUAGACUUUUUAAAGCUAAUUGUUGAUUGGUUGGUAUUAGCACAGUAAAAGGAUAUCAAAGGUCUUGGUGGUUCGCUCCCUCUGCCGGUUUCCAAAGGUGUCUGUUCUCCCUCAGACCUGUACAAUAAUCCAAUUCAAAGCUGCGAAGGGAAACCAGCGCUCAUCCAGCACGAGGUAUAGACAGACAAAGGGGCAAGAAAUUGAUUCUCAUAUAGUGUAUUUUUUCAUAGAUAUAGUCCACCCUUUUGUGAGAUUAAAAUAUUUCUAAAAAAGGUGCCUUCUCCAGAAUAUGCUAUUUGCCGUGCUUAAACUUCACACAAUAGGUGAGUCUAAUGUGAGGAUACUCACGAACGUUUAAACAAAGUUUGGGCGUUUAGAAAGAUAAUUGGACGAUCAUCCCCUCAAUUCUCUCCAACCUCUGUGGCUUAAAAACAAUGCGCUGACAUAGUGUAAAAUCGUCACUUUUUUUAAUCCCAAAAAUAAAAUUAAAAUCACACACAAUUGAAUUCAUUCUGGAACAUAAUUUCUUUUGGUUCCAGGACAGGUACUAUUUACAGACAUGUGGGACAGCCAUGGGUACGAGGUUCGCGCCCAGUUAUGCAAAUUUGCACAUGGGGUAUUGGGAAGAAUGUCAUGUUCUCCCAUACCUAGAACUGGGAGCGAGCCUUGUCCUAUGGCGUCGCUACAUAGAUGACAUAGUGCUUGUCUGGAGGGGGUCGGCAAGUUCACUGUGUGAGUAUGUAGCCUCCCUAAACCAAAAUGAUUUGAACAUUGACCUAUCUCUCACCUAUAGUUAUGAAAAAAUAAAUUUUCUAGAUCUAGAGAUUUACUCUAAAGAUACACAACUACACUUUAAAACCUUCUUUAAGGAAGUAGAUGCAAACAACUAUGUACUACCAUAUAGCAAUCAUCACCCACAAUGGGUAAAAAGCAUCCCCUUUAGCCAAAUGUGUCGGCUAAAAAAGAACUGUAGUGAAGAUAAAGUGUUAGAGGAACAACUAGAUCAGAUGAGCAACAAAUUUCGAGAAAGGGGAUAUAAAGAGAGAACAAUAAAAGAAUCUAGAGAAAAGGUAGAUAAAAUAAUAAGAACAGACCUAUUGGGAGGAAAAGUAAAGGUAAAUAAAGGUGAAACAAAACAAGAGAUAGUAUUCUCGACUACAUACAACCCAUUGGCCAAGAGUAUAGGAAAAAUUAUUAAAAGACAUUGGGGAGUACUACAAUGUGAUAUAGAAUUGCGAGGAAUCAUUCCAGACAAACCCAAAGUGGUAUUUAAAAGAGCGAACAAUUUGAAACAAAUUCUAACUAAUAACCACUGUAUCAAAAAAGAGCAUAUACAUAAGGAACAUACAUGGGCGGGUUUUUACCCAUGUUCUUUAUGUACGGCCUGUAGAUAUGGGAAGAAAAAGAAAAAAUUCACUUCAGAAGUAAACAAAAGGGAAUUUGAGAUAAAACAGAAUAUUAGAUGUACAACAAAAAAUGUGAUUUACUGUUUACAAUGCCCAUGCGGAAUACAAUACGUGGGAAAAACUAAUAGGAAGUUGAGAGAUAGAAUUAGAGAACACGUUAAUAAUAUAAAAAAAGGGAAUGAGAAACAUACCGUCUCUAAACAUUUUAGAGAUUCCCACGGAAUGAAUCCUGCUGGUUUACAAUAUUGGGGGGUGGAAGAAGUGAAAAAAAGAUGGAGAGGGGGGGAUUUGGUAAAAACCACCCUACAGUGCGAAAGCCGCUGGAUUUACAGCCUAGAAACCUUUACGCCUAAAGGACUCAAUGUAGACAUCAAUUUGAGAGCUUUUUUAUAAUUUAAAUGGAAGUAAAAAAUGUGUAUUUGUAUGUAACGACCUAAUUGCCCUAGAAUUAUAAUUUUGCUGCCUAUUUGAAAUUUCUAAAUGACCUAGAUUACAAUUAUGCUGUUUAUGCUGUAUGUGGGAACUUGGAAUGUUUUUAUGGUAAAGAGUGAAGAGGCUGUGUAAUAUGGGGACAUAUCUAUCCAUCGGUAGGGACAGUAAGGAUGUCUCCCCGGCGAUUGAAAUAGUUUGUUGGGUUGUGGUAACAUAAAGGAGACUUUUCGCUGGAAAGAUGUUGCUAUACAUACAUAUAAACAAGUAGGGCAGAGAAGCGGAAGGGAGGAACACGUAGCCGGAUCCGAUAUCUCUUCAUAAGGUGACAUGCGCACUGACACUUUCGAAGCCCUUGAGGAAGUCAGUAGACGAAACGCGUCGGGCAGUGACGUCAUCCACGAGCGCACUUGGGAUACACGAGGCGGUCGAGACGCCGGCAACAACACCUAUACCGGCUGCCUAAGUGACUCCAACAGAUGCCAAACUGGUGACUUUUGUUUUAAUGCGAAAAUUUUAACAGUAACAUUGUGAGUGUGAUUUUAAUGUUAUUUUUGGGAUUAAAAAAAGUGACGAUUUUA